AUGCUGGAUGGUCUUAAUCGUGACCCCUGGGGUCGCCCUUACCGCGCGGUGCGACAAAAGCUCCGCGCGUCGGGCCCCCCCCUUACGGAGACUCUCCAGCCCAGCUUCCUGCGAGAAGUGGUUGAGGGCCUUUUCCCACAACGGGCGGAGCACACUCCCCCGUCGAUGGCCUCCUUGGCCGGAGACGACGGGGAGCACGGGAGGAUAAUGUUCCGCCCGUCCGGGAAUCGGAGGUAG